AUGGAUCUUUGACGAUGUUGCCACCACCGUUUGAAAUUCGUAAUUAAUUUUACCGAUAAUGAUACAUGUCAUAAGUUUACUCAGAUGCCGCACCACAUAGUUUUGCGUUCAGCCUCAUCGCCCAUCGUACUGGACGCCUCUGUUUUCUGGCCAAUGCUUGAUAUGCGUUGUGUGCAGACGGAGUGGCCGAUGUAGCGCCGGUGUUAGAAACAGGCCGAACCUCUUGCAUGAUAAAUCAUGUUGUAAGCUGUGGCGAUGAAAAUCCGGUGUGGCAUCUCCCUCCCUCGAUCUGGCGAGCAGAUGGCGAUGCUGUAGGUUUAACCCCUACUUCAUCUGGUUGCUGCACAAUAUACAUUGCAGCGCAUUGGUCAAGGUAUGUGUUUGAUCAAAAUUCCUUGCAUUCACGCUCGACUCUUGUGUCAAGUAAUCCGUCAAGAAAUUGGCUGUCACACCAGAUUUUGAUGGAUACCUCGGCCCUUUCUUACUCUACCGACAGUGAGAAAUACUUGGCUCCCUCUUACAACACUCAUUCUGAGAAUGUGAGCGGAGUUCUUCCGUCGUAUUCCUCGGCCCCUUCUUCCAUUGAUUACACAUCGGAGAAGAGUGAGGCUCCGAUGUUGACGUAUUCCUCAUUACCAACCUCGGCCUCCUCUGGUGACGGUCAGGGUACAGUUGUAAACACGGCUCUCUUUUAUACAAGUUCGACUCUUUCUUCCAUUGAUUACGGGCCUCAGAAUGUUAGUGACGCUCAGAUGUUGGCGUAUUCCUCAUCUCCGGCUUCGGGCUCCUUUGAGAAUGGCCAGUCGAGUACUGCUAGCACAGUUCCCUUUUAUUUCUUGGCCCCGCCCGCGGAUUCCUCCGCUGCCACUGGGAGCAUGAACCGGGCUGAUCAAGAAGCUCCAUCGUAUGCUGCGGUCCCUUCGACGUACGGCGAUGAUGCUACAAUCAAGGUUCAGUCUCACUCACUGUCUCAGCGCAUAACAAAGAAUAUCCGCUCAUUAUUUAGGUUCUUUCCCGUUGAAGAGGUACCCAACGCGGAGAAAGUCAUCAACAACUGCAGAGAAACAGUACAGAACUCAGCUAAAUUUUGGAGCACGAUAGGUGAGCGCAGAGCUGAUCAUUAUCUGAAUUGGCACCAGUGUGACUUCCUUGUUCGGAGACUUAUAGCGACAGAUUCUACUCUGGCUGCAAUUCAGCAAUCUCCGCUUCUUGGGGAAAAUACACUUCCAGCGCUUCAGGAGCUUCAUCAAUCUCUUCGCGAUGCCAAGAUGCUCAUGGAAAUGAGCCACAUCACCACUACCCAGUGGUUAGGAGCAGCUAUGAAACAAGGUGACCUGAAAGAAACCUUUUCACAUCUACUUUAUGACAUUCAGUGGCACACAUCUGUUCUUCAAAGUAUUCUGGUCGAAAAUUCGAAGGAGUCCUCCGUCGAAUUUGACCCAACUUUGUGCGACUGUCGGUUGAGUGCGGGCGAUGAAUUGGAGUUGCUGACAGCGAUGAAGAAGGAUGAGGAGAAGCUCAGUAAUCGCCUCAGUGCCGCCGUAGAACAUCUGGGUGCUUCGAAGGCUGAGGGAAAGUUUGCUGGUAAAUUGCAUGAAAAAAUCGUGGCUCAUUCCCCUGAUUUGAUAUUCGUGAAUCUUGAUGACCUUGAUCUCGACGGCGGAGAAAUUGGUAGAGGUUCAUUCGGUGUUGUGAAAGAUUCCAAAUUUCUGGACUGCGAGUGCGUUGUGAAGGUUCUCGAGGACUUCCCCACGAGUGCAAUUGAACAGGAAAUGGAUGCUAUAAAGAAACUGGGGAACCAUCCCCACAUAGUGCGCCUCUUCUGCUACUCCAAGACGGAUCCGGAGAGUAAAUUCUAUCUCGUUCUGGAGCAAUUGCAGAUGGACCUCAAGAAGGCUUUGCGCCUCGAGAAAAAGAAACUUCCUCUAGUGGAAGCUGUUUCAUUGAUGCUCCAAAUUGGAGAAGGUAUGAAGUACAUGCAUGGUAAGGGAGUCGCGCAUCGCGGUCUCAAACCGGAGAAUGUCCUUGUCAACCUUGAACGUUCCUCUGGCGUGUCAAGAAUUCGUUCAGUGAAGAUUGCUGAUUUUGGCACGACUAAAGCAGCCGAUAGAACACAAACAAAUACGAUAAACAUCGGUACCACAAAGUACAUGGCGCCGGAGGUCAUGACACAAGAAGGAAAACCGAAGAAGGUUAGAUUAAACCUGCUGAAAGCUGACGUCUACAGCUUCGCCAUUAUGUCCAUUGAGAUUUUGACCGGGAGUUAUCCGUAUGAUUUUGACAAUAUGGCGAUAAGGGAGCGAUCGAAGGCGGGUGAGAGGCCAAUCCUUCGAAAGCUAUCAGCGGAUUGUCCUUUGCGGUUGACCACCCUGCUUACCAAAUGUUGGGCUGGGAUUCCUCAUGAGCGACCUCUAUUUCCUGAAAUCUGCAGGGAGCUGAGGUAUAUCAAAGGCCUACUAUUGAAAGGUGAUGAGCAAAAGUUGCAGACGCAAAUCCCCGGCCCACUGAGACCAAUGGAGGGCGUGAAGCUUCAGGGACCGUGGGGAGACCCUAAAAAUGGACGCGACUUUUUCGAUAUGGCUACGUCCAUCAAAGGGAUUACAUUAAGAUACUCAACACGUCCAGGAAUCGUGGGUUUACUGAAGGUGACAUAUGAGAUUCUUCAUAAAACCUUUGAGAAAGAGUCAUAUGUAAUGGAUAAAGGCCAUGGACAGUACAAUGAGAAGAUCGAGUUCAAGCCCGAAAUUGAGUACAUCAAACAGAUCAGCGGGUUUGUGUCCGAACUAGAUGUAAAAACACAGAAUAGUACGAGAAUAACCAUUAAAAUUGUCUCAUCGUUAACAAUACAUACUAAUCUCCAAACCUAUGGUCCUUUUGGUGAGGAAAGGGGCAUGAAGUUUACAAGUGAUGAGGGUUCGAGAGUAAUUGGGUUUUAUGGAAGAGCUGGAAAUAUGCUCGACAGCUUAGGCGUUGUUACAAUCCCUGAUGUAUGACAUGAGUUGAUUAUGUACAAGCUCUUUAAGUUUGUGCCAGAUUUUCAUUAAUAUGAUUGUUUGCAUUCUUCCUUGGUCAGAAUGCGUGAUGAUAACGA